AAUAGGAACCUGAGGGGUAACCUUUUUAAACGAAGGAUGGUGGGUAUAUGGAAUGAGUUGCCAGAGGAGGUAGUUGAGGCAGGUACUAUCAUUACUUUUAAGAGGCAUUUGGACAGGUGCAUAGAUAGGAUAGGUUUAGAGAGUUAUUGGUCGCAUGCGGGCAGGUGGGAACAGUGUAGAUGGGACAUAUUGGGCGAUGUGGGGUAGUUGGGCCAAAGGGCAUGUUUCCUUGCUGUAUAUGGAAGUGAGUUUAUGGUAAGUAUAUGGAAUGUGCUGGCAGAGGAACUGGUAGAGUUGCAAUAUUUAAAAUAAAUAUGGUAAAUGGAAAGAAAAGGUUGAGAGGGAUGAACCAUGAAAAUGGGACUAAUGCAUGGACAUCUAGUCAAAAGGAUAAGUUGGGCUGGGCUCUGUACUGUAUAACUUUUCCACAAGGAUUUGAUGAGUUCCUAGAGUACACCUUGACUAAAACUAUGACAUAAUUCCAGGACCGAAUGAUGAUGAAUGACAUGAACAACAAUAGGGAAUCGGCCUGUCAAUCCAACUUUCGCCACUGAAACGUCUUUCUCUUAACCAUCAUUUUUUAAAAUUCAUUGCUGGGUCAAUGCACGUGGAUCAACACACGAGAAGCAUGAUGUUAGAAUCAUGAAGACAAACAGUGUGGGAACAGGUCAUUUGGCCCACACCGACCAACAUGCCCCAUCUACACUAGUCUCACCUGCCUGCAAUUGCCCCCAUAUUCCUCUAAACCUAUUUUAUCCAUGUACGUGUCUAAAUGUUUCUUAAACAUUUGUUUUUAGAUAAAACAUCCCAUUUUUCCAGCAUCCCUUCCAGACCUUUUUAGUAAGACAGAUUUCCGUCCCCAAGAGGCUUUGGUCAACCAGUGGUUUUAGAAUAAGGUAACUGCAUUCUAUGUACUUUAAAACAGGGACACACUCGUGCUUUGUUUAUACCUCUGGUCCUUUACUGACUGUAAAAUCUCAUUUUUGUGCAAAGUUCAGAUGGGCAGGAAACCUGCUUUCAUAAUAUUGGAGAGGGUCCCUCUUGCUUUGAAAUAAUGUAGGAUAUUUUGUGUCUCUUCAGAGACCAGAUGAGACUUAAGAUUUAUAGUCAUACAGCACAGAAACAGGCCCUUCAGCCCAACUUGCCCAUGCCAAUCAACGUGCCCCAUCUACACCACUCCCACCUGUUUACAUUUGGCCCAUAGCCCGCUAAACCUUUUAGUAUCCAUGCACCUCUCUAGGAUUUAAUGUCACGUUGCACUACUCUUUCAGCACUCCCUCGAUACUGCAGUGGUUUUCAAUUAUUCAUCUGUGAGAUGUGGAUGUUGCUAGCAGUUAUUGUACAGCUGCUUCUGCCUGUGCUGUGGGAGGUUAAAAGACCUUCAGGGGUGAGCCCUGACUGUUACAUGCACCAAUCUGGCUAAGGAAGGCAGACUUCUUUCUGUGAAGAACUUUACUGAACCAGGUGAUAUUUUAACCGCACUUCAUACGGCCUUGGGAAAGCAGCCAACAUAAUCAAGGACCAUUUGUGUCUUGGUUCACCCCUCUCUUGUCAGGUAGAAGAUGUAAAUGCUUGAAAGCACGCACCUCCAGAUUCAGGAACAGCUUCUUCCCUGCUGUUAUCAGAGUACUGAAUGGAUCUCCCAUAAGUUGUCCCAAUCUUCCAACCUACCUCAUUGUGACCCCUGCACUUUUUUCAUGUUCACUUACUCUUUAACUACAAUGCUGUAGCAUUAUGCUGUAGUUUUUUCUUUGUGCUGUCAAUUGUACUAGUAUAUGGUUAGAUUGUACUUGUGUAUAUUAUGAUUUGACUAUAUUGCAACCAAUGCACUUCAUAGAAACAUAGAAAUUAGGUGCAGGGGUAGGUCAUUUGGCCCUUCGAGCCAGCACCGCCAUUCAAUAUGAUCAUGUCUGAUCAUCUAAAAUCAGCACCCUGUGGCUGCUUUAUCCCCAUAAUCCCUUGAUUCCUUUAGCCAUAAGAGUUAAAUCUAACUCAAACGCUAACUCUUGAAAAUACACAGGACAAUAAUAAACCAAUAGGCUUCGGUUUGUAUUAUUGUCAUAUGUUCUGAAGUACAAUAAAAAAGCUUUUGUGCACGCUAUCCAAUCAAUUUGAAUAAUGCUAUACAUAAGUGCAAUCAAGUCAAAUUCAAGUACAAUAGGUAGAGCAUUAGCAUUCAGAAUACAGUUCUCAUGGUGAUGCAUCAGUUCCAGAGACAAAGUUCAAUGUCUGCAAUGGGGCAGAGGUGAAUCGGACUGUACACUCGCAUGCCACAAUUCAUCUGUGGAGUACCCAGUCAGUGAGACUUGAUUUCCAACAUAUUACGUCAUACAGCAUGGAUCAACCAGGGGCCACAGUUUAAAAAUAAGGGAUAAGCCAUUUAGAACAGAGAUGAGGAAAAACUUUUUCACACAGAGAGUUGUGAGUCUGUGGAAUUCUAUGUUUCAGAGGGAGGUGGAGGCUGGUACUCUGGAUGUUUUCAAGAGAGAGUUAGAUAGCGGAGUCAUGGGAUAUGGGGAGAAAGCAGGAACGGGGUACUGAUUGUGGAUGAUCAACCAUGAUCACAUUGAAUGGCGGUACUGGCUCAAAGGGUGGAAUGGCCUACUCUUGCACCUAUCGUCUAUUGGAAACAGGUCCUUCGGCUCAACUUGCCCAUACUAACCAAGGUACCCCAUCUACACUAGUCCCACCUGCCCGCCUUUGGCCCAUAUUCCUCGAAACCCUUCCUAUCCAUGUACCUGUCCAAGUGCCUUUUAAAUGUUGUGAUAGUACCUGCCUCAACUAUGUCCUCCGGCGACUAAUUACUUAUACCUUCCACCCUCUUGGAAAAAGUUGCCCCUCGGCUUCCUAUUAAAUUCUUUAAACCUCUGUCCUCUGGUUCUUGAUUGCCCUACAAGUUGUUGUGUUUUCACCAGUUUCGGUGGAAGGUGUGUGUAGUGUGAUCAGCGCGGAUAAUAAAUAGAAAGAGGAGGAGCAGCGAAACUGGAAGCCAUUGCGCUCGGUCGCAUCCACGGCAAUGUUAGAGCGAGGGCAGGGAGCGGGCUGGAUCAGACGCAGUUAUGCGCUGCCUUGCUGUAGCGGAGUGCGCAGUGAGGGCAGCCCUCUGAUCUUGCUGGACUCCCGCAGACCGCUCGGCCCCACUGACAUGGGAUGGGCGAGGACUUACUGAUCUGCCUCAAGGUGAAGGCAAGGUUGCCGGAGCCAGUCCCAGCCGAGUUCCCCUUUCUCGGGAAUGAAAGAGCCACUUCGCUGAGAAUCGUCUGCAGGUCCAGUGGCGAGAGUUGUGUUGACGAGAUAUCCGAGAUAUGACAGCGCUGAAGAUAUCCGAGGUCGAGAUGAAAAGCUACUAUUUCCUCCUCGAAGCUUGUUCACUGUUGGAAUCCACGCUCAAAAAAGAUCUGGCUCCAGAGACCAUCAGUGCAAACAGCAUCAGUGAGCAUCUGAAGAAACAGUUUGUGUUCCUCACAGGCGGACAAAGUAAAGAAGGUGCGGUGAUUCUAACCUUUCCAGAGUACGCCAGCUUUGGUGCUGUUCCGCCUGAGGCUCUGACACAGGCACUUGCGUACCUGGCUGCCGUUUCAAGCCUACAAAAUCCCGAGAUGAAGUUUAUAGUGAUAUUGGACAGGCGUCUGGAUUCGUGGAGCUCUGUCAGAUUGGCCCUCAGCCACAUUGCUGCCUCGUGUCCGGGGAACCUGCAGCUGGUGUUGUUGCUGCGGCCGACUGGCUUCCUGCAGCGAGCGCUCGCCGACAUCAGCCUCCGCCUCAGCCCGGACCCCAUCAUACUCAAGCUGCCGGUCGUUAUGCUGAACUCGGCCACUGACCUGCUGAAGUACAUCGAUGAGACACACCUGACCCAUGAGUUUGGUGGCACCCUCGACUACUGCCACGAUGAGUGGAUCCUGUUUCGCACGGCGAUCGAGAGCUUUGCCGUGAUGGUCAAGGACAUCGCUCAGAUGCUGCAGACUUUUGGCACCGACCUGGCCGAGGCAGAACUGCCCAACAACCUGCAGUCAGUGGAGGACCUCCUCAUCGCCAGGACUGAGAAGUAUAGGCAGCUGAAGAAUGAUGUACAGAGAGUGAUCAAAGAGGGGGAGCUGCUCCUGACCAACCUCAUGGAGCCUGUCAACGUCGCUGAGUCUUGUGCGGAGAAGGAUGGAGAUCGGGCGACAGUGAAGAGGCUGCUGAUCCAGCUGCAUGACAUGGAGACAGCAUUUGACGGAUUUUGGGAAAAGCAUCUGCUAAAGCUCGAACAAUGCCUGCAGCUCUGGCGAUUCGAACAAGCUUUUCAUGAGAUAAAGAUGGCACUGGAUUACCUGUCUGCUGACGAGGGAGACAUCCCCGAAACUGGGGCCAGUGUUGCUCACUCGGAACAAGCCCUUCGUGCACUGACUAACCUGGACGAGCGAUCUCAGGAAUUGAUUGGGAGUGCCCAGGCCCUGAUCUUGCAGGGCGAUACAUUGAUCGCUGAUCACCACUACGCGGAGGAUUUAAUCUGUGAGAAGUGCAGUGAACUCCGCCACUUCUGCAAGGACCUGCUCGACGACAUGGGGAACAAAUACUUCAGGCUGAACAAAUCACUGGAAUUGCACAUCCGGUUGCAGCAGGUACUGCAGUGGUGUGACGAGGGAGCCUACCUCCUGGCCUCCCAGCCCAUGGACAAGUGCCAGUCGCAGCAGGGCGCCAAGCAAGCUCUGCAGGAGAUCGACAAGUUUCUGGAAAACUCCAGAGGUUACCUGCAGAGUGACGCUGAAGAAUUGUUCAAUGAGUUUGGAGACAUCCUUACAACUCCCAAUAAGGCGCAGAUACAGAUGGUUCACGAGAAGCUCGACAAUGUGUACAUGAUGAUUGAGCAGCGGCAGUCGUCUCUCAAGAAGCUGGCGGUCCAACACGUUCGACCGGUGCAGCCCGUGGCUCCCCGGCCAGACGUCGUGAAGAGCCCCUUGUUCACACCCAAGCAAGGUGUGGAGUCGAGUCCUGUUUCGAGGUUCCCGUUUGACAUUCCAUUAUACGGAAAAAGGAACUCCAGAAAACCACAAAGCAUAAGGAAGAUUGAGGUCAUGCAUGAAGUCAGCCAAGCAAGGAAUUCUCCCCAUUCAUUAACACACGACAGUGAAGGCAGCUUGGCGAUCCUGAAAGGACACGUCAUCAAUGAGCUGAUAGACACCGAGCGGCUCUAUGUCGAGGAGCUGAGCAGUGUUCUACAGGGUUACCAAGCAGAGAUGGACAACCCAGCCAUGGUAUCUCUGAUGACUUCCAUGUUGGAGAACAAGAAGAAGGUUUUGUUUGGCAACAUGUCGGAGAUCUAUGAUUUUCACAGCAGAAUUUUCCUCAAUGAUCUUCAAAACUGCAUUGCAAUGCCUGCGAGAGUAGGAUUCUGCUUCCUUGAAAGGAGGGAAAACUUCCAAAUGUACGUGAAGUAUUGCCAGAAUAAACCACGCUCUGAGUACCUUUGGAGGCGAUGUUCGGACUGCCCCUUCUUCCAGGAAUGCCAGCGGAAGCUGGGUCACAAGCUCGGACUGGACUCGUACCUACUGAAGCCCAUCCAGCGACUCACAAAGUACCAGCUGCUGCUGAAGGAGUUACUGAAGUUCAGUGGAGACAGUGACGGAAGCCAGGAGUUGCAGGAGGCUCUGGCAGCCAUGCUGAACUUGCUAAAGUCAGUCAACGAUUCCAUGCACCAGAUUGCCAUAACAGGAUAUAACGGAAAUCUGGAGGAGUUUGGGCCAGUGUUGAUGCAGGGCUCGUUCAAUGUCUGGAUAAAUCACAAGAAAGGUCCCAUCAAAGUGAAAGACCUUGCCCGCUUCAAACCCAUGCAACGCCACCUCUUCCUUCAUGAGACGGCCCUUGUGUUCUGCAAGAAGCGAGAGGAACACGGAGAGGGGUACGACAAAGCACCCUCCUACAGCUUCAAACAUUUCUUGAAAAUGAAUGCAGUUGGCAUCACUGAGAACGUGAAAGGGGAUGUCAGGAAGUUUGAAGUCUGGUACAGCGGACGGGAGGAAGUGUAUCUCAUUCAGGCUCCUACGGUGGACAUUAAGAUGGCCUGGUUGACUGAAAUGAGGAGAGUGUUGACCAACCAGCAGCAACUCCUCCGAGAGGACAGCCAAUCACCUCACCACCACUUGGACCAGAUGCUUCUAUCGCCCGGGAAACAGAAGAGAGCCUCUUUGAGUUCGGAGGAGAACGACUCUGACCUGACCAGAGAGGUGGUUUUAGAUACAUUCCCUCUGUCUCCACAGCAUCUCUCAUCACGGACAGAGUGGGCUGGCAACUCGCGGUUUUUCGAAGGGUCGGAGGGAAUGGAGGGCUGGUCGAGUAACAACGACACGGAGGACGAGGAGGUCAACCAGCUGUCCCCCGGGAGGUACAAAGCUCACGCUGAUGGUCAGAGCCAAGACUCGGAGGAGCUGCUGAUUAAGAGUGGGGAUGUGGUGCAACUAAUGCAUGAAAAUGGCGAAGGGCAGUGGUUUGUGAAGAACCUGAACCGAGGGCAGCAGGCUUGGAUUUCUGUUAACAGCUUGCAGAUCAUCGUCGGGGACUGUCGAUCUCAAACCGCCGGCUCAUCGGGCUUGGAUUUCAAUAAGAUACGAAAAAUCAGCUCUUCACUUUGACGGGGAUGACCGUGGUCCUCUGGGUAUAUUACACAGCUCGUCCAUCCCAGUCGCUCCACAUUCCCACUCCAUGUUUGGUUGGCGGAGCUUUACUGGCUGAAUGUUUGUCACUCUGCCACCCGCCCCUCACCCACAGAGACCUCUGCCACCCACCUCACAACAUGAACGAGGGCAUGACACAGAGCAGUUAUGUAAACAAACUCAGAGACGAGUGUCGAUGAGGUGAACACAAAGACAACACCAAGAAGUGACCAUCGAAGCAGAGACACACACACGUACGGCCAGUUGCAUGGUUGCCGACAAUCUUGAGUUCGAGUUUCGAGUUGUGUUUAGUUUAGUGUCACGUGUACCGAGGUACAGUGAAAAGCUUUUGCUGCGUGCUAACCAGUCAGCGGAAAGACUAUACAUGAUCUCUUGUGCGAAUUCCUUGCUUCUCAGGUUGAAGGUCUUUGACAGUCGGAGACAAUCCUCCUCAGAUGAUUGCUGAGUAUUCUUUGCGUGGAAUUGGAUCGUGCUGAGGAUAUAAUGUUUACAUUGUCCACAUUUUUAAUGUUAAUUUAUCGUAGAGAAAAAUGUUUCAUACACUGUUUUCAUUGAUGCGUUGAGAUUGUUGACAAUCAUUGGUGGUAUUUAUAAGCAAGUAUAUCUGUCACAUGGCUUCUUAUGGAAGUGUUUAGUACGUCGGUAUGUUUUCAUACUUUAUUUUGUGGCCACGGGGAAUUUGAGGGUUCGCUGUGCCCUCAGUGCCACGUGCCCAGUAGCUGGCAUUGUCCAAGUCAUUGUCUCAUUGACAGGUUAACUGGUGUGGUGGCUCUUUCCAUAACAUACGCAUUUUGUUUCCUUUGGCUGUGCAUCGUUUCACUCCUCCUGAGACCAUCCUUUGAUGGGAUUCAGAGGAUCACUAAAGCUCGCACAAGUGUGGAAUGUGUGGGACAAACAUAUUAACCUCAGAAACACAGGGGGAGUGUCACUAUCAUGUGUUCAGUGAAAAACCACAGUGCAAAAUCUUACUUAUUUUCUUAUUUCCCUCACUCAUUUUCUCUCACUUUCUCUCACCCUCACACACUCUCUAUGCUCUCAUUCUCUUGCUCACUCUCACUAUACUCUCGCCCUCUGUCGCCCUCUGUCGCCCAUUCUCUCUCUCUCUCUCAUUCACUCUCAUCAUACUCUCUCCAUCCCUCUCUUUCCAGUCAUCUCUCUAACUCCACCUUUUUGAAAUCUCUCUGAUAUGGCACGAUGGGUUUUAGCAGGGAAGUGCUGGUAAACCACAUUGACCCAAAGUCAUCAGAUCACCAGCUCACCACUCCUGCAUUUGGAGCUCAACCUCCCCUGUGUCUGUCUGCCUCUUCCUUCAUAGCCCUGUUGCCAGCCCUGUUUGAUGCUUACGGCAACAGUUGCUGGCAAUGGUCUUGAACAUACACCGUCCAUCACAAUGAAGUCAUUGCCCACACAUGAGGAGCAUGUUUGCAGACUCUCAGCUCUACUGAGACCCGGCAGUGCAGUAGGAGGGGAACAGGAUGGUGUGAGAGCAUCUGGUCCAUCCCACAUCUGGUGAUCUUUCCAACCUCAUUUAGAUGGUGCAAGUACAAAUAAAAGCAACAUCACGGUAGAACCAAGCUGGGAGCAUGCAUGUUGCUGUUGAGCUCCCAUUGUAACUGCUGUUGAUUCAGCAUUAGUAACAAAUGGGAACUUCCAUCCCCCACUCAUUGCACAGUGCACUAUAGUACUCCUUGCAUUGUAUUCCCUCAGUCCUCUGUGCAAUGUCAUUACAGGUGAGGAAUGGGGAACCAUGGCCUGUUGAAGUGAUUACUCCAGCACUUUGUGUUUUGGUCAAGAGUCCAGAAUCUGUAGUUGUGUGUGUCCACAAUAGUUAACUGUAGCCUAUUGAAGUGAUUAGCGAGUCCUUGCCAUUUAUUUAUUUAUAGUUAACAUUUCAUUAAUUGUAUAGCAUCCUACUCUGAGAUGCCUUCUAGUUCAAGUCAAGCCAAGGCUGUUUUAUUGCCACAAAGUGCUGGAGUAACUCAAUGGGCCAGGCAGCAACUCUGAAGAAAAAGGGUAGGUAACAUUUUGGGUCAGAAACCUUUGUUACAAGGGGUCCUGACCUGAAAUGUCACUCACCCUUUUUCUCCAGAGAUGCUGCCUGAACCACUGAGUCACCCCAGAAAUAAGUGUCUAUCUUUGGUAUAAACCAGCAUCUGCAGUUCCUUUCUACACAGUAUUUUAUUGUCACAUGUCCUGAAACCAAACAAUGAUGGUGAUUCGUUCUGUUUUACCAACUCCAUGCCUUGUUUUUUUUUUAUAUUCAAGAGGCAUCUAUUGCUUUAUCCCUCAUGAAGUUUAGGCUUAUUAUUGCCAAGUGUGCUGAGGUACAGUACAAAGCUUUGUUUUGCAUGCUGUGCAAGCAGAUCAGAUAUACCUUCCAUAGAUACAAUCAGUUCAAACUCAAGUGUGAUACAUUGAGGAAAGGGGAAGAUACAGACUGCAGAAGUGAGUAUUUUUCAAGCACACUUAUGGGUCACUCGGUAUAAGGAAUGGGUCCACCUCUUGCCAAAACUGGCCAAUAUUCUUUCCAUACCAGCAGUUGGUAAACUAAUGAGGUCCCACUCAGUAGCGUUGUAGCUUCACGAGACCAGCAUUUCACCCCCAGGAUGAAAAUAUCAAAGACUAGAGGACAUUGCUUAAAGGUGAGAAGGGAAAAGGUUAAAGGAGAUUUUUUUUACCUAGUGGGUGAUGGGUGCCUGGAACGCACCUGCCGGGAUGACGGUAGUGGAGGCAGUUACGACGGCGUUGUUUAUAAGAUGUUUGGAUAGGCACAUGGAUAUGCAGGGAAUGGAGGGAUAUGGAUCUCGUGCAGGCAGAUAAGUGUUGGUCUUGGCAUCAUGUUCGGUACAAACAUUGGGGGCUGAAGGGCCUGUUCCUAUGCCGGACUGUUCCAUGUUGAAAGCAUGUUCCUGCUAUUACCAGUGGACCAUGUGAGACCCACACAUGUUCCAUGGGGUUACAGCUGUUCCAUGUGCUAGCCAUGUCCUCAUGUCAGGUUGGUCUGGGCUACAAACAUUCCCAAUGCACGAAGGAGCUGACCAUUGUUGAGAAUGAUGUGCAAGUCACAAAAUUACAUUUUCUUUUUAAUUCAUGAUCUAUAUCACUUGCUCCAUGUGCAGCUGACUCUAGCACCGUCACUCAACAGGCAAUGCCUGGACAUAGUAGUCAUUAAAACUCAGAGAUUUCUCAAAUAAAACUUUGGUUUGAUUUUUAUUCUCUCCCACAUGUUGUUCUAGUCAACUUACUGACAGGCAGAUUCCAUUUCCAGCCUGGGUAAUUGCUCAGUAUCUAUGAUUAAGAAACAUUUAAUGAUAUGGGCCAAAUGUGGGUAGGUGGGACCAGUGUUGAUGGGAGAUUUUGGUUGGCAUGGGCAAGUUGGGCAGAAGGGCCUGUUUCCUGCCUGUGUGACUCUAUCCAUUCUUAGUCGCUGCUUUAUUGGCAUAACAGGCAGGAAAUGACCAGCAGGCCCAUCGAGACUGGCCCAGGCACCAUAUUGACCAGUCUCUUCCCAACCCUGGCUGGAUCAAUGGGCUUCCAUGCCCAAAGGCCCCAACAAUGGCCUAGUGAGGUAGAAGUGAGUCAUUGAGCUAUUCAGCACACAAACACACCCUUCGGCCCAACUCGUUCAUAUUCUCCAAACUUUUCCUAUUCAUGUACCUGU